AUGCGCGGUCUGGAACGAGAGAGAAGAGCGAGCGAGCAACGCAUGGCGCCAGCCGAGGCAGUCGAUCCCGCUAUGCCCGUCCACGAGGGCUACAAGAGCCAAUGGGCGCGUUACCGCAACAUAUAUCGUGGCGAGCUCGCGGAGUUUCUCGCGACAUUGGUCCUCAUAGUAAUAGGCGCAGGUGUAAAUUGCCAGUAUACACUACAGAACAGCGGUGUCGCCCUUAGUGUUCCUCUCACCUGGGCGUUUGGUGUGGCUGGCGCAGUCUGGGUGAGUGGCGGCGUCAGCGGUGGGCAUCUCAACCCAGUCAUCACCAUCUCUCUGGCACUCUUCCGCGGAUUUCCUUGGAGGAAAGUCCCCACCUACGUUGUGGCGCAGGUUGUGGGAUGUUUCACUGGUGCUUGCGUAGCAUAUGCCAACUACUACUAUUCUGUAGAUCAGUAUGAGCAUGGCUUACGCACUAUUCACGGUCACACCGCCACAGCUGGCCUAUUCUUCACAAUGCCCCAACCAUAUCUGCCCGCUUUCAACUGCUUUUUCGACGAAUUCUUAGGCACCGCUGUGCUCGUUGGUAUAGUCUUUGCCCUCUCUGAUAGAUCAAACCUCAGCCCUCCACAUGGCACAAUGCCUUUCGCGCUCUUUCUCACCAUCUUUGGUUUGGGUGCUGCCCUAGGCGGUAACACAGCGGGUGGGUUUAAUCCAGCGCGUGACUUGGGUCCUAGACUCAUGUGUUGGCUUGUCGGAUAUGGCGAUGAAGUGUGGUCUUUCUUCGGUCAGUAUUGGCUUUGGUGUGGUUGGCUUGCCCCGCUUAGUGGGGGUAUCGCUGGGGCUUUAGUUUAUGAUGUCUUCAUUUACUCUGGUACUGAUUCACCGAUUAACACCAGCAAACACCCGGAUACUCUCGAAUCCAGCCACGCUUAG